AGUCAAACUAACUGCUCGUCUUCUUAUUGGAGGGAAAGUGUUCAAGCAUCGCCAGCAGGUAACCGCUAGACCAAUCGCAACACAACUUUCAUGUUUUCCCAGAGACAUGGGUAUUCAUUCUUCCUUAUAUUGCCGGUGUAAAAGGAGUUUGAAAUUAAAUAGAAGACCCUAAACAUCGUGUCAAAUUUCACUCGUUAAAAGAAUUAGCCUCAGCCUUGCAUCGAAUGAGGAAGUAAAGCGAGCUUUCGUUUUAAACAUUCGUCGUGUGCUCGAGAGAGUGUGUGUGUUGUGUGUGUAUGAAAUAUUAGCCCAGCCCAAUAGCUCUUCCUAUACUCCUCCCUUUCCCCAACGCUCUCAGUCGGUUCGCCCGCAGCGCUUGCGUUCCCUCGGCCGGGUUUCACUCCAGAGAUGGCUGCGAAAGUGUGUAGAUCGGUCCUCCUCCUAUCCCGGAGCAGCGGAGCCGUAGCCUCUGUCUUUCCCGCAUUCGGUGUCUCCUCACAUCGACAUCACCGGAGCACAAGAACGGAGGCGCUAUCUAUUCCACUUGGAGGUCACCAGACUGUCAGGAGAGCGCAUGGUGUGAAAACAGGUGCCAGGUCUGCUCUUUUCAGCCACCCCAGUGCCACUUUGACAGCCCAGGGCUGGAGAGGCUCUCCCUCAUGGCAGGGUCAAAGACUACUGUGCUCACCCGCUGCUACAGAAGAUGUUACAGUGGUGUAUCAGAACGGAUUGCCGGUGUUCUCUGUACGCCUGCCGUCCCGACGCGAGCGCUGCCAGUUCACCCUCAAACCCCUGACUGACACGGUGGGUGUUUUUCUUCAGCAUCUGCAGGCAGAAGACAGAGGCAUCGAUAGAGUCGCCAUCUACUCUACAGAUGGAGCGAGGAUAGCGUCCUCUACAGGAGUUGAUAUUUUACUUUUGGACAACUUUAAGCUAGUCAUUAAUGACACAUCGUUUGAAGUGCAGCCGCCCAGGAGAGAUCUGCUCCCGCACGAGGAUGGGGAUCGACUGAACGAUGUCAAGUUCUUAGUGCAGCAGCUCUACACCACUCUCCAUAUAGAAGGCCAUCAGCUGAACAAAGAGAGAGAGCUGAUUGGUCGACUGGAGGACCUAAACUCUCAGCUCCGCCCAUUGGAGAAGGUUAAAGAAGAGUUGAGUAAGAAAGCAGAACGCAGGACCACGUGGGUCCUCUGGGGUGGGAUGGCCUACAUGGCCACACAGUUUGGCAUUCUGGCACGUCUGACCUGGUGGGAGUACUCAUGGGAUAUCAUGGAGCCCGUGACAUAUUUCAUCACCUAUGGCACAGCCAUGGGCAUGUACGCCUACUUUGUGCUGACACGUCAGGAAUAUCUUUACCCAGACGCCAGAGACAGACAGUAUCUGCUGUUCUUUCAUAAGGGUGCGAAGAGAACACGCUUUGACAUUGAGAAGUACAACAGACUGAAGGAUACCAUUGCUGAGACGGAGUUUGAUCUAAAGCGUCUACGGGACCCGCUGCAGUUGAAUCUCCCCAUCCAGCAAGUCGAUGCCAGCAAGGACUGAUGACAACGUGAAGCUCUCACUCCUAUCAUCUUGAUUUCAUUAUCUCCCUCUUAUUGAUUCCUUUUCUUUACUGUUUUAAUUUCUGCCACCUUUGUGUAAAACCAUAAUCACAGCAAGCUUUAGAGUUUUAUAUUAUCAUUUCGAUUGUUUUCUCUCGUUUCUUUAAUUUGCCGAGUCUAUGCAGAGGAGAAGACAUUAAAUAAAAGAAACACGACAUCCCUGACAGAAUGCUGAUGACUUGUGCUUGUUGUCAGAGUGCAUUUAUAACGCUACAGGACCGCAGAGAGACACGCAGCUUCCAGAAACUCCCUGCUGCUGAGCAGAAAGCUGGUACAUUGCUCGAGACAAUGACAACCUCCACGUCUAGCAUGACUCUGAGGUCUACAAACCAUCGGUCCUUGAACUGUUUUUUUUCACAUUGGAGUACUUCUGAUAUUCCUGAUUUUGCAGAAGAGAUUUUUGGAUGCAUUGCUCUUUUCCAUCUCGGGAAAGAUGUGUUUACCAUCGAACCAGUCCAGUUACGGCUGAAACGCCACGUCGACAGCUGCACCUAACAGCCUAAGCUAAACCCCUCCUGACUUCCCUUGUCGCUUUCUGUACGGACCUGAUAAAGCUGAAGACAGAUCUAACAGCUGAAAUAUCACUGUGUGUUCUCUUAUUCCAAAUACAAAAAAAAGAAUCAAAGAAACUUUGGCACUUUUUAUUUUUGAAGCCAUAUUAUGUUUGAUAUUACGGUGAUGAAACGUAAUGAUUUUUUUGUUUGUUUUUAGUCAAUCACCCAACAUUUCACCUGCAAUGCCCUGCUGUUUUAUUCCUCAAGUGAAGCAAAGGUCACUUUGUCACACACACCAUUCAUUUACAUUGUGAUGAGACACACAUGCGCGUGAAUGCUUUGCAAAUGUGCAAAGGUUUGUUUAGAGUUUUUUAGGUUUCAUGAGAUUCCUUUGUCACAUUUUAAGCAAUUUCAAGAUAAAUGGAAGGAGCAAAACUGCAUAUCAAGGUUAUUUUAGUUAAAAAAAAAUGUUGACCUAAAAAUUAUUCGAAAAACUUAAACUAAAUGAAAAAUUGAAAUAUUGCCUAAAAAAUAAACUGAAAUAAUUUGAAAGCACUAAAAUUAUAAUAAUAAACAUAAAAUAUUGAUAUAUUCCUAGUAAGAAAAACAUACCCAAAACAAACUACUUUGUCUGAAAACCAAUCUCAUGAUCACACACAAGUAACCUUGCUAACCUUUUCCAGGAAAACAUCUUGAAACAAGACAAAAUAAGUUUUUUCUUUCAAACUUCAUCAAUGUCAUUUUCCCACAGUGCCUGACAUCAUCUGUGUGCUUUCAGGGCUCAUCUGAUCAAACACUUGUUUAUCGAUCCGAUCCAAUGCAAAAGUCACUGUGCACAAUUUUAAUCAUGUUUUAUUCUUUUUUGUCGAGUUUCCAUCGAUUGUGUGGCGUUUUCAGCUGCAUAUAUCUGCCUCAAUAUGCCAAGAGUCUUUUGGACCAUGCCGAGAACGUGUAAUAUAUUAGACCCUAGAUUUAGCGUGUGUUUUGCACACUUUGUGGCAUGCUAUAGAGAGAGAUUGUCGCAUCCUCUGUCUGUGUGUGGUGUUCUAAGCAGAAAGGCCUUUGCAGCAUCAUCAACAGUUUGUCUCACUUCAUCUUCAGUCCUUUGAUUAUGGAACAUUACAAUUAUAUACAGUAUGACAGGUCUUUCUUAUGUUUCAAGAGAAACGGUCUCCUUCGAUUCAGAGUGAUGUGAAAUGCACCCUUGUUCUCAAAGCAAAAUGAUCAAGAAUCUCAUUUUACAUGUCUGACUGAAUGUGUUGAGAUGAAUGUGAUGUGUUGAAGGCCUCUCAAGAUGGCUCUCAACUGCAAGGCUUUAUAAUGUAGGUCAUUUUAGAGAGAACAUGACCCAGCAGCUUUUAAGUAGAGAUGUUGCUUAAUCUGAGUUGGUCUGAUCAAACAAAUGAAGACAGUGCAUGGACACAGUGUAUGACUGUGGUGUUGCCAAAUGUUCAGGAUCAAUAUCUGUUGUUGGUCCUGGAACAGCAGUCCAGCACAGUCCUAAGAAAAAAAAUAAACCUCAGCCGUGUACCCAAACUAAACAGAAGCCUUAAAAUCUGAUUAGAAUGUUGUUCUUAAAUCUGAUUGAACGAUCUGAAUAUUAUUCUAUAAUCUAAUUGGAUGAUCUGAAAUUUGUUCUACGAUCUAUGAUCUGAUUGAAUGAUCCGAAAUCUGGUUAAAUGAUCUGGAUUUUGAUCUAAAAUCUGAUCCGAUUAUUUGAAUAUUGUUCUAAAAUCGGAUUGAAUGAUCUGAAAUUGUAUUGGUUGAUCUGAAUGUUGUUUUAAAAUCUGAUGGGAUGAUUUGAAAUCUGAUUGGAUGAUCUUAAUGUUGUUCCAGGACCCUUAAAGAUGUUAUUCCAGUAACAAGUCCUCAUUUGAAAAACAAUCAUUAUACCUUGAAUCUUUGGUGCAAAGUCUCUAUUUUAACCUGGACAAAGUGUCGAUGCUCAUGAAUUUUGUGUUCACAGUUUAAUAGCAGCCUAGUCCAAAAUGAAUCACUUUUCAUAACUCAGAAAUGUUAGCGCAGGGCACUGUAGUUUCAAAAGCGCGCCCAUCUCUCUCUUAAACAUUUCAGUAACUUGAUAUCUGUUUAUUUCUCAGGUCUUGGGCCUGAUCAUUAUUUGAUGAGUUUUUCUUAUAGUUCAUUUGUAGGGUUUUCUGUUUGUUCAGGGGUUUUAUAAUAAUAUAUCAAAUAUAUGGGACUUAUUCUAAAGCGGGUGUUGCAUGAAUGUAUGUUUACAUGGGGAAAUUAUAUAAAAAAUGACUCAAAAAAGCAAAGAUUAUUAUGAAUGCUGAUUGCAGAGGAAUGAAAUCAUCAAGUGUUUAAUUUUGCUCCAAUCCUCCACGACCCGGCGGUGAUGAGCGUCUCACCCGCUGUUGAAUGGUCAAGGAUAUAAGAUUCAUAGUUUCUGCAUUUCUGUGCUCUCAGUCUCAUCUCUCAAUACUGCCACUCGAUGACUCGUGUCUGGUCAAGAGAGCUGCAGUGAUGCCUUUAUUCUCAACCCUGAGAUGACACUGAGAGUAUGAAAGGGCAUCAUUGCUCCGCCCAUUUUCCUGUCUUUCGUUAUUCGUCAUAAUACUCCCACACUGAUUGCCUUUUAGAUAUGUAUAUUAAAGUUUUUCAUGUGCACUUAAAAAGAAAAUUAUAUUUCGGGGAGAAAGGAAAUAAGAGUGAUGUUGAAUGGAAAACAUUAAAAAAAAUUCUUUAUUCAUAUUCUUUGUUUAUUGUGCAUUUUUUUCAAUGCCAUCGGAUGCUGUAAUGUUAGAAGACUUUAAAAUGAAAAUGUAAAAUCCUGUAUCAUUUAUGAAAUGUGUAUAAAAGAGAAAUGUAAUUCAAUUAUCAAUAAAUACUUAUCCAGUUUUGGAAA